AUGUCUGUCGCUAUUGUUCAAGCAGGAUCUAUAAUAUAUGAUACUCCCUCUACGCUGGAUAAACUCGAAAAUCUCACUAAGGAAGCAGUAGCCAGAGGAGCCAAGCUUGUACUAUUUCCUGAGGCGUUUGUUGGCGGAUAUCCAAAAGGAAUGGAUUUUGGCAUCGUACUUGGAAUUCGUUCAGCAGAAGGUCGUGAAGAGUUCAGGAAGUACUACGAUUCGGCGAUCGAAGAGCAUGGAGUGGAAUCACGACGUAUUGCCGAAAUUGCCACCACUAACGACAUUAUCAUUGUCGUAGGAGUGGUGGAGCGUCAUGGUGGCACGCUUUACUGUUCGGUAAGAGAGCUGGUGUAG